ACUCCCUCUGUUUCAAUUUAUGUGAACCUAUUUCCUUUUUAGUCCGUGCCAAAAUGAAUGACCUCUUUCCUAAUUUGGAAACAAAUUCACUUUAUGAAAUGAUUUACAACCACACAAAUAUUCAAGACUUAUUUUGAACCACAAGUUUCAAAAGUCUUCACUCUUUCUUAAAUGUCAUGCCCAGUCAAAUGGGUUCACAUAAAUUGAAACGGAGGGAGCAAUAUUUAAACACUUAGAUGAUCUUAGUAGCCUUUUUUGUUACAGCUAAAGUACCGGGAUAUGAAGAACAAGACGAGUGGUAUUAUUUCGGGCGUAACAACAGGAAAUAUGCGACAGGAACAAAAAUAGAUAGAACCACACAAGCUGGAUACUGGAAGGUAUCAGGAUCAGAUAAGGCAGUGUUUUCAAAGAAUGGGGAGAUAAUUGGUACAAAGAGGAGCCUUGUUUUCUAUAAAGGACGAGCUCCUAAAGGAACCAGAACUAAUUGGACUACUUAUGAAUAUCGUCUCCUAACCUCCCAACAUGGACCUCCUGAUCAGACUCAGGAAUAUCAAGAAUGGGUUGUAUGCAAGGGAUUCAUCAAGCAAAGUCCAAACAAUAAGUCAUGUUUAGAAUCGAUGAAUAAUGAUUUGUGUAUUAAAGCAAUUACGAGCAACCCAAGUUCAACAAUGCAUCAUAAUGAUCCUUCCAAUCCAAUAUUUAACCAAACAUCAAAUUUCAAUCAAUUCACCUUUAAUCCCUCUCAUCAUCAAGAUGGUCUCAUCUCUAGCCAAAUUGGCGAUGAACUCCCACAACCUCGUGAUAUUCCCAAUACCAUUUCAACAAUGUUGGGUACAAAAGAAGAUCAAAAAAAAUAUGUGCAAAACUCUAUAGCCAACAAGAUGAGUGCUAACAAUGAAGAAGAGAAGAGUAGCCAAUUCAUGCUUGAGCCUGCAACAUCUUCUUAUUCGUUCCCUAAUUUUCCAUUAGCCAUCACUAGUACUUCUGACGAUGAUAUGAUGAGCCAAUUGCUUGAAGACUACCCAACUAUGUACAUCUAGCGGCCUCCAAGGAGAAGAAAAAACUGUUUUGCAAAAACUAUCUCAUAGUAUAUAAUUAAAAGUUGAGAUGCUUCUAUAUACAUUGAAAUAUAGCUUGAUACGUGGCAUGAAGAAAGAAGGACGUGUGGCAAAACGGAGAUGAAUUGGAGUUUGGUUUAAUUUAUCCGGAAAGAAGAAUUUCAUAUGUGCACCAGACCAAGAGUUAUGGAGCAAUUGACAUGGGACAUUUAGCAUUAUUUGUUGGUUAUCAUUGCUCAUUAUUAGGCUAGAUAUAUAGCGUAAAGCUGACAUUUAUCAACUAUUAAAGGAGCUUCGAGCUUAGUGUAAUGAUGAUUUGAAAAAACAUAUAUCCUACAUACAGUUGAAUGUUUUAAUUCUAGUUAUACACAAAAACGUUCUUUUACCAUUCUUUUUGGUCCGAGUAAUUAACACAAGUUCUACAAGGCCAAGUGUUCCACCGAAGGAAAAUUCUACAAAAGAUCUCCUCCAAAACUCAUUCGGCCCAGGCUUACCUUAUUAUAUUCUUGCUUUAUAUUUAGUUGAUUUCACUGUCAAUUGUUAUUUACUUAUUUUUAUCCAUAACAAAUCAAUUCACAUAUCCAAAUAGCAUUUCUUUUCUUUUCAAUUUUCAAUUUUUUUUUUAAUUAAAUCAUCAAUGAUCAUGAGGGCCAGGAAGGAAAGAGAAAGUUGUGAGAUACCAAGGUGUGAUUCUAAUUUUUUAUUGUGAAAUUAAAGAUUGACCAAUAUGAAGCAACCCUUAAUCCCAUAUGUUAGACCUAUUUUUUCAUAAAUCCUUGAACGGAGAUAAUCUUUCAAUAGCAUUCGAAUAAUGUCGUGUUUGAAUAAGCCAAUUAGAAUACGGCAAAGAACUUUAUUCAUUUCUAGUUCCUUUUUUAAAUCAUUUUGAUGCAUUAGGAUGACCAAAAAUUGUAGUAAAACUUUUCUGCUCAUACUGAGCUUAUGAGCUCUCCCAUCUUUAAUCCUACAACUAUAUAUUCGACCAUAUUAAAUAUGGAAUUCAGAAGAGAAAAUAAAACAGUACUCCUUCCGAUUCAUUAAUAAGUAUUCGUUUAGCCUUUUUAUUUUGUUUCAAAAUAAGUGCCCACUUAGCCUUUUUCAUUUUAGUUCAAAAUAAGUGUCCACUUACAUAAUCAAGAAGGAAAUAAUUUUAUUUUUUGCCCUUAUUAAAUGCUAAGUGGUCUGAUCCAAUGUGUCAAGUUAAUUAUAAUGUACAAAUUUUAAUUAAAGAUAGUUUAGUUAAAAUAGUUAUUUUUUUUCUGAAGGCAGUGUUUUCUAAAGAGAUAUACUAAAGACUAAGUAAAUAUUUAUAUUUUGAAUAGGAGGGAGUACCAUAUUACGUAUGAAAGCAAACGUGUAUACUUUUACGUCAUGCUAACUAGACAAAAGAGACAAAUAUCAAAGCAAUGACUGAAGUGGGGAGAAGAAGUUAUUUAUUCGAUCACUAGGUGCAACACUAAAUAAACGCUAUCUAUUAUUGCAAACAAUUAAUUAUUAACUAAUCUGAAUCAAGCUUGAUUUGUGAGUUCAAUAAAGUCCACUCCUUCCCAACUUAUUUUCAAUUGGUUCCCUAUAGUUUUCACGCAUAUCUUUCCUUUUUAUCGUCUCAUUGACCAUAGUUAAAUGGAAUCAUUAAUAAAUUUUGAAAACUAUUCAAAAAGGUUUUAUGUUAUCUACUUUCAUACUUUUCAGUCCAUUUUUUUUUCUCUAAUCUAUUUUUCUGUAACUUAAACUUAAACAUGACUUUUAUAUGAAUAUCAUAUAUAUUACCCAUGACUUAAGGAAUAGUGGUGAGAAUACAAGCUAAAAGCCAAAAUAAGUUUAGUCUCCGAGAAGACAAUAAUUCAUGAAAAAUAACAAGCAAACAAAUGGGUAUUAAUAAUAUGGAUAUCCAUAUUAUCCAUUUGGUUCCAUUUUUUUUUAGUGAAUAAUAUCCAUAUUUGAUCCAUUUUUAAAAGUCAGAUAUUCAACCCAUAUCUAAUAGGUCGGAUUGGAUAGUUACUUAUUUUUAACCAUUUUGCUAGCCUAAUUCCAACUAAUUAAAAUAUCAAAUUUAUAGGUUGCUUUAGCCGAUCCAAUCAUAUAAGGUAGAGCUAUCCACUGGGAAUUUGAACUAACUUAAUGGAAUGACUAAAACAUAAUUUCCACGCAAGGACGAAAGCUAUUGCGUAUAUAGUACUUGCUUGUGAAAUAUUCAUCCUUACUAAUCCCCACAGAGGAAAGGACCAUCCUCCACCUUUGUAUCUCUUUUGCUGAUAGAAUGAACUGGUAGGUGGCUUAAUUUUUUUAUUUUUUUUAAAAAAGAAUACGAUCAAACAAUAUUUGUAUACAUCAUAAGUAAAUAAUAUGUAAUUUCAAAUAACAUUAUCUAAUAUUUUUAUGAUUGACAGAGAAUAACGUGCGAGCCACAUUCAUAGAGACUAGUAAAUAAAGUAAAACACACAUAAACAAACGUCUUCCCUUAAAUUCUAAACCAACUGAAUUUCUUCAUAAAAGUUGUAACAACAGACUAACACAUGAAGAGGUUGAUUACCUUGUCAGAGAAUGGGGGUAGGGCGAACUGCUUAGUAAUCUGUUCGACUGAUCUAGUCUGCUUUGAAAAUUCCAUUUUGUAAAACCUACAUCUUGGAAGGCAUCAGGAUUAGAUUAUGGCAACGUAACGUGGCCCUAGGGCAAGCCAAUAAAGCAGGCUUUUUCUUUCUUUCCGAGGGGGUUAAGCUUUAGAAAAUUGAAUCAAUCAACCAAGUGAUCAGUUUUUUUAGUAUCAUAUUUACUUUCUAAAUAUUACUAUCUCUCCUUCUUUUUUCUUUUUUCUUUUUUACUUUGGAAAUUCGUUAUUUCUUGAUAUGUCUACUUCAUAGGUACAUAAUUAGGUUUUUGUAAAUCUUUCAACUAGAAAUAUGCAUCAUGUAACAAAAAAUUAAAAGAGAGAGAAUAAUUAAAAGAAAAAACUAUUAGACGAAAUCGAUUUUAGUAUAUACCUAGAAUUUGGCUAUAAUAAGUAGCACUAGAACAAGACAAACAUGGACGAGCAGUAGUACUACCCUUGACCACGUGAAGGCGGCGACAUGUUGCUAUCAGUUAAUUCAAAAUCAAGUGACAUGUAGGGGUAUCAAUGAAUCUUUGACAAAAUCAAUAGAAAGAAAAUACAAUUUGAUCUCCAAAUCGUAAUAAUAUUAAAUAAUUACAAAAAAUAUGUCUUUUAAUUAUAUUAAAAUAUUUUGCUAAAUACGGAAUAGUCAAUAUUUAAUAUAAUUUAGGUUAAAAUAUUUAAGUUCAACAUGAAAAAGUUAAACAAUGUGGAUUUCAUAAAAGAAUUCUAAAUUAAGAAAAAGGAAAAAAAGUUAUUUUCUAACAUGCAUCUAACGGAUGAUCUUUUCACAAAUGAUUCUCUUAAUCUAAUAGGAAAAGGUAUAAAUAUAUUCCUCAACUUUGCGAUUUUGAGCAGAUAUACUGCUCGUUAAAAAGUGAUGCAUAUAUACCCUUACACAAAGAUAUACCCUUUUUGCUGACGAAUUUUUUUUAAUUAAAAGAAAAGCCACUAUAGGGGUGUAUUUGCACCUUUUCGCAAAUUUCAAGGGUAUAAUUUCACCUUCUCACAUAUAAUUUUUUUAACCUUCUUUAAUUCAACGGUAAAUUUGAAUUUAUUGCUUUGAUGAUCAAACUACUUUUUGCGCUCAUCUUCGUAUUAAAUCUAUCAUAGAUGCCCCGAAUUAUUUUUAAGCAGAUGCAAAAAAUAAAGGGAAACAAAAAUACCCCUUUACUUUGUUUUACUAGCUACGUUUGUCCUCCAUUACAAGCUGGGGCUAUUUAUGCCCCUACCGUUAUGAAAGUUAACAGAUGUACCCUUUAUUUGAUGGAAACUCCCAAAUUGACUCAAAUAAUCUGAUUUCAUAAAAAAAAAAUUCACUCCCCUAUUUUAACCGCCCCGAACGACCUCCCAAUAUAACCCUGUGUUAAGCAGGGGCGGAUCCACCCUUCAGGGUGGGGGUGGCGUAUGGCACCCUCUAGAUUGAUAGUUUUUUUUUUUAUAUAUACCUAUGUUGCAAUUUGCUUAAACUAGGCUAAAUAUUUGAUCCUGCCACCCCUAGUCGCAAAUUAGACAAAGGUGUCAUGGUUGGUAGACAUAAGUUUGAAUCUAUCUUGAACAUUUUCGACUCCCGUUUUUCUUUGUGUUUUUUAGUUCCUUUGUACUGAUAAUUCCCUUUUCGGCUCUCCCAAUUUUCUAUUUAUCUUUUUAUUAUUUAUAUUGUCUUUCCUCUAUUCUAUUAUUUUAUCUGUGAUCUCUAGCGAGAACACACAAAUAGAAACUUCAAAAUUCCUUAAAUUAAGCAUUUCUUAAUCUCAAAUCUGUGAGUAUUUAAAUCGAAAAACUUGGGUCUCAAUGGAAAUUUUGGAUUGAGAUCAAAAUUCAAUUUUUUUUUAUAAUUUCUUUUGUUUAUUACUCCCUCGAUCCAUGUUACUUGUCUAUAUUUGACUUGAGACAUUCUUAAUAAGAAAUAAAUAAAAUGAGAAAUGAAUUGGAGUACUUAAUAAUAAGGGUAAAAUAGGUAUAAAGUGAUAAAUUAUGUCUUGGUUUUUCAAACUAUAUAACUUACAAGUAAAAGUGGACAUACAUUAGUAUAGUGGACAAAUAAAAUGGACGGCGGAGUGUAUUAUAAAAAAUUGUGCUAUUCUAUCAUUAUUAAAUUCAAUUUAAAUCAAUUUACUACUUAAAUUGCGAUCGAAAUUUCACUAGCAUUUCUUAGAAAAAACAUGAAAUUUAUGAUUUAUUUUUUGAGAACUUGUAGUUUAUCUAAUUCACUACAAAAAAAUGGGUAAUUUAUGGAGGUGUAAAGUUGCAAUUCGCGGAGGUUUUAGCCUCUUUUAGCAACCAGCGGAGGCUAAAAUCUCCGCGAAUUUCAACUUUCAACCUCCGCAAAUUACCCAUUUUUUGGUAAUGCUCUUUCUACAUUUACUCAUGGGGUGUAAUUACCUAUUGAAGAGUUUUUCUAUUAUUUUUCUUAUUUUGAUUGGUGUAAUUCCCUUAUUGAAAGUGUUCUUUUACUUGUGCAAGUUCAUUUUUUAAUAUAUAUAAAAGAUGCAAAUCCCUUGGUGAAAAAGUUGAUUUUAGCUUGUUGUUAAUAGGUGUGAUUCCUUGUUUAAGAGGUUAAUUAUGUUCGUUUCUUGAUUUUUGAGAUGUAAUUUUCAUAUUUGUAAAUAAAAAAAAAGGCCUAUUAAGUUGACCCGAAUAAGCUAAAAAGAUAUGGACCCGACCCAACACGUUCCUAACAAGAUGUACAUUGAAGAAAGUUAUGGCACCCGACACCUUCAAAUCCUAGAUCUGCCUCUAGUCUUAAGUGACCAAAUUGUAUUUUACUUUGUAUGCAUAAAAGUAAUUCGGGGCAUCUAUGAUAGAUUUAAUAAGAAGAUGAGCACAAAGAGAAAUUUGAUUUUCAAAAUAAUAAAUCCAAAUUAAUCGUUGAAUUAAAUAAGGCAAAAAAAUAUUCAUGUGUGAGAAGGUGCAAUGUGCAAAUAUAGCCCUGAACUUUGUGAAAACUUGCAAAUAUACAAUAACUUAAUUAAAAAAAAUCGUCAGUGAAAAGGAUAUAUUUGCACCAUUUGUGUCACGGCAGGGGUAUGUAUGCACCACUUUUUUAACGAAGGCGAGCAGAGUAUAUUUGCUCUAAAUCGCAAAGUUGAGGGGUAAAUUUGCAGCUUUUCCCUAAUCCAAUUAAAAAUAAAUAAAGAAAAAUACUCUUAAACGUAUUACCUUGAAUUCUAAACCAAUUCAAUUUCUUGAAAAAAGUUGAAAUAGACUAACACAUGAAGAGGUUAACCUUGCCAGGGAGUUGGUGCAGGGUGAAGUGCUUUCUAUGCCUUAGCCAGUCCGCUAA